AAAAUCAGUGCAACUCAGGAUCUGGUCCAGUUUAGACAUGAUUUCAUUUCGUCUCCUUUUAAUUAGAUUAACCUGUUUAUUUUAGAGCAAGAGUUUAUAAGUUGAUUUCAGCAGGAGCUCAGUGUUUGAAAGCAGAGUUUCAGAGAAGCAAUUUUAUAAGUCUUUUUUUUUCGCACAUACAAGCUUCUGUCAACAAUUUUAUACUCAUCAUUUCGAGAUGAAUAUGACUAACAAGCAACGUACGACCAAGUAUGAACGAGUCGCAGAAUGCAGUGUGGAAGGUGCCUGGACCAACGAACUGGGUUCAACAGUCUCCUUUGUCGUGGAUAAAGAUACAGGUCUUAUGACUGGGACAUACACGACGGCAGUCGGGGAUGCACCACCUACACCUUUCCCUCUCACUGGCUGGACAUCGCCGGAUGGAAGCCACACGUCCGUCUCCUUCUCAGUCCUGUGGAACGGCGGCACUUCGACCACGGCCUGGGCGGGAGUUCUCCUCACGUGCGACGGUCGGGAGACCCUGAAGACCACGUGGCUCUUGGUCAGCGAGACCGACUGCGAUAACAGUUGGGGAGACACCCAGGUCGGAUUUGAUGAUUUCAUUCGCGUGAUUGCUUAGCCUUCAGAGGGCGUCCACUCCAGUGCUAAAGAGGACCUUUAAAUCCAGCCCAGGCCAGGUCGUCACCGUUUAUGUAGACAUUUAAACAUCAGUGGCGGAUCCAGGGUUUUCUAAAAGGGGGUACAAGUCUGAAAGAGACAUCCCUGGCAAAUAAAGAGAUGAAUAAUAAUGAUAAAAAACACGAAUAAAUAAUUAUUUACGAAACAAACAAACAUUAAUGUAUAAAUCACUCUUGCAACAUUACUUUAACAUUUACUUGCAAGAGUGUUGGGCCCAUCGAGUGCCAUGAUCAACGCAAAAAUUAAGUUCACUUCAUGUUAGAUAUUUUAGGUAGCGAACACAAUAAAUUAAGUUCAAACUAUCUCAUAUUUUGUAUGUUAUACAAUCUGAAUUACGUAAACUAAAUAACGAUGAUCGGUCUGUAACCAAAAUUGUACAACAUCACGAAAUCUGUAUAUAUUUUCUUAGUAUGCCAUCUUUACUGUAAAUAUGACAAUAUUAUAGUCUCCGGACUUUUGCCCUAUUCUUAAAAAAAAAAAAAAAA